AACAACUUGAUAUGCAAGAUACCAAGUGGGCUCUAAGCAUUGCUGAGGAAAGCAUGUCCGAUUCAACAAAGCAUUUAAGGAGCUGUGUUUUGCUCAAACAAAUGAUAUCGCUUGUGGCGGCUCAGGAAACGGACGGAGGGAAUAUGUUCAAAGUUUAACAAGGUUUGGUCUCCUCUAGUUUGACAAGUGGGCAGGACACCGAAAAAGGACAGAACGAAAAUUAAGGAGUAGUUUGUGAAAGUCGGAGAUAUUUAUUUAAAGCGCUGGAAGGCAAAAGAAACUCUGAUAUGACAGUUGUUGAUGCAACCUCAGCAGAAGGAGCGCAAUCGGACUCCAGCCAACCUGCUCUGCUCAAGACAACAGAAGCUGAGGCGCACGCGGGAAGCGAGCACGCGCCGCUCGGCUCUGACUCCGUCAGCUUCGCCGCAGAUCGUCUGUCUGCCUGUUGUCAUGGAGGAGCCAAGAUGGCGGUCCUGGCCUAUAGCCUAGGCAAACGGGAAAUAAAUCAAUAUUUCAGCAUAAAAAAUGCUAAAUUGCUGUCUGUCGCCGCCGUCAUCCUUCUCACUGUGUUCCACACGGCUUCUCGACAUUAUGGGGGCAGCGACACGUGUGACUGGCUUUUAUCAAGUGGACGUUUUUUAGGGGACAAUGUAUGGCAGCCCUAUGGCUGCAUGCUACACAAGUACAAAAGCACUGAAGCAAAGUUUUGCCUCAGAGAGAAGAGGAUAGCAUUUGUAGGAGACUCUAGAAUACGUCAGCUCUUCUAUUCUUUCAUCAAAAUGAUGAACCCUGAGGUGAAAGAAGUUGGGAACAAGCAUGAAAACAUCCCUUUUGUAAAUGGUGAUGCCACUGUCGACUUCCUGUGGUAUGCUGAAGUGAACAACUCCUUGAAGGAGCAGCUGAUGUUAUGGACAGAGGGAUCUGCUUCCAAACCACACGUCGUCAUCAUCGGUGCUGCUACGUGGUCCAUUAAGUUGCACAACGGCAAGACUGAGGCGCUCUUUCAGUACAAAGAGAACCUCACGGCUAUAUCAGACACACUGAAAAAACUAGGGGAGCACAGUGAAGUCUAUUGGGUUCUACAAGAUCCUGUAUAUGAGGAUGUGCUAAGUGACAGUCGGAAGAUGAUCACAAAUGAGCAGAUAAAUCUGUACAACGAGGCAGCAGUUAGAGCACUGAAUACCAGCAAAAAGAAGGUCAAGUUCUUGGAGGCCUCUCGGCAAGCUGCUAUGAAGACCAUUUCCCAGUCGGUGGAUGGCUUGCACCUUCCUGAAAGCACAAGAGAUGUUGGUGCUAUGGUUUUGAUGAACUCCGUAUGCAACAAGAUCCUGAAGCCCAUUGAUGGCUCUUGCUGUCAGAGCACCCCUCCCCUUAGCUUCUUUCAGAAGAUAGCUGCUGGUCUCUUCCUGCUGUCCAUAAUCAUCUUCCUCAUCCUGGGCUAUAGUAGACACCAUAAGAGCAGACACGUUCCUGAUGUGGAGAGCGGAGAGGAGAAGAAACCGCCCGUUGUUUUGGGUCAACUCAACCCAAAGGGACCUUUACUGGCCAUUUGCAAAAUGAGCCUCAUCAUGUUGUACUUCUACCUUUGUGACAGGGCAGACAUUUUUAUGAAGGAACAGAAGUUCUAUACGCAUUCUACUUUUUUCAUCCCUCUCAUCUACAUCUUCGUUCUGGGCAUCUUCUACAGCGAGAACAGCAAAGAGACAAAACUUCUGAACAGAGAGCAGACGGAUGAAUGGAAGGGCUGGAUGCAGCUGGUUAUCCUUAUUUACCACAUUUCUGGAGCUAGCACUUUUAUACCUGUGUACAUGCAUGUCCGUGUCCUGGUAGCUGCGUAUCUCUUCCAAACAGGAUAUGGACACUUCUCGUUUUUCUGGCUGAAGGGAGACUUUGGACUUUACAGAGUGUGUCAGGUUCUUUUCAGGCUUAAUUUCCUUGUGGUGGUGCUGUGUCUGGUUAUGGAUAGGCCUUAUCAGUUUUAUUACUUUGUGCCUCUUGUCACUUUUUGGUUUGCAGUUAUUUAUGCUACGAUGGCAUUGUGGCCACAGAUUCUGCAGAAGCAAGCCAAUGGUAGUGCAUUCUGGAAUCUGGCACUAUUGUUGAAACUUCUGGGUUUGCUUCUUUUCAUCUGCUUUUUUGCAUACUCGCAGGAACUGUUUGAGGCUGUUUUUUCUUUGUGGCCCGUUUCAAAGCUCUUUGAGCUGCAAGGUAGCAUCCACGAGUGGUGGUUCAGGUGGAAGCUAGAUCGAUUUGCUGUGAUCAACGGGAUGCUCUUUGCCUUCAUAUAUCUGCUGCUGCAGAAAUGUCAGCUACUGUCUGAAGGCAAAGGAGAGCCUCUCUUCUCCAACAGGAUUUCCAACUGUCUGCUCUUUGUCUCUGUGGUGUCUUUUAUGACGUACUCCAUUUGGGCCAGUGGGUGCAAAAACAAGUCUGAGUGUAAUGAGAUGCAUCCAUACAUUUCAGUUGUCCAGAUUCUGGCUUUCAUUUUGAUCCGGAAUAUUCCUGGUUAUGCUCGCUCUUUGUACAGCUCGUUCUUUGCAUGGUUUGGAAAGAUCUCCCUAGAGCUCUUCAUAUGCCAGUAUCAUAUUUGGCUGGCAGCGGACACCAAGGGCAUCUUGGUCCUCAUUCCUGGAAACCCCACUUUAAACAUUAUCGUCAGCACAUUCAUCUUUGUUUGUGUAGCUCAUGAGAUUUCCCAGAUCACCAAUGACUUGGCCCAGGUGGCCAUUCCUAAGGAGAGCGGGCCUCUACUGAAGAGACUGCUGGGAGCAGGAGUCUUUCUAGUGCUGGUACUGAUACUGUCCCAAAACGAAUAAUCAUGGGCAAUCAGAGACAGUAGCACACCUCGUCCACUGAGGAUCCUAAUGGACCUGUCUGUAUAAAAUAAAGAAACUUGACCAGCCUAGAACAUUUUUUUUCCUAGGAGUUUUUCCUAGCAAUUCUUACGGCAUGGGUCUAUAUACAAAACUCAAGCUGGAACUGAAGCCAAGGACCUUGGAGCAGAAGCAAUUCAGAUGAUCAAACAAGGAUUCUUAAAGCAGGAUGUUUGCAGUAGACAAAUAACACUUACACCUGUGCUCUGUCCUCUCAUAGCUCUGAGAUGUGUUUUAUGGACAGUAUUUAAUAAUUUAUCUUCAUGUUUUAUACAGGGGUACGUGUUUGUGUGUCCUCAUCGUCUCCCCGGUUUUUGUACAUGACGCCCAUGACUGCAAAAUGUGAAGGAGUAAUACAUUCCUGCGUUUCACCUCGUAAAUUUGACAAAACUACAUCGGCUUGAGCACCAAAUGUUUCCAUGCAGAUUCACAUUCAUAUCACACCAGCAGCUUUAUCGUUUAGGUGAACAACCUCUUAUGAAAUUGAAAGCUUCGGAUUAUCAAAAGGUAAACAUCCAUUUAUGUGCUGUCAUAAAAAAAAAACAAAAAAACUCAAUAGCUGUGAAUUUGUUCACACACUGAUGGAAUCCAUAAACACGCGUUGCUUCCGUCAGAAUGUUUUUUUUAGAAGUCGAUUGUUUGCUCAGUUAAUUUUGGGUGGAUGCUGGAGGAACAGUGUUUCAUGUGAAAGGUAAACUUGAACAUUCAAGACAAACAAAGUUAUGCGUUUUGAUCAUAACACAAUGCCUUCUUUACCCUCUUUCAAUUGCACUGAGUGGGGCAUCUUCCCUGCAGACUUUGAGUCAUUUGAGCCAGUUAUAGUUUGGUUUUCUUACCACGUGGUUUACUCGCUUCAUAAGAAUACAGUUUAAUGAUAGAGCCAGCUUUGUCGAUGAUCAGUGACCUCAUUAUUUAUUGUUUUACGUAUGUCUUCAUAUCCUCUCAAACUGCUUGAAACGCAGCCUGAUGUUCCAUGUUCAACUUGAUUUUUUUUUUUAUAUAUAUAUUACAUGUAAAAAGAGUUACAUUGAAUUAUCAGUUUAACUGAUAAUGCUGUAAAUAGAUCCUUUCUGUGCCAUUGAGAGACAGGCGUGUUGUUUCAAUAGUGGUACUCUAGUUACUGUCAUUUUGGCUGAAAAGUUGCAUUUACUAUGAAAGUAUCUCAUUUUUAUAUCUACCUUUCAUAGCAGUUCGAUAUAUGUGAAUUUAAAAGAAACUGCAAGACUUUUUGUCCCUUCAGUGAAAAUGCUUUUUUUUUUUUCCUAAGCAAAGGAAAAUUUGUACAGUGUGCCAUCAUCUGGCACAUCCAUGCAACUAUUUUUUUUUGUUUUUCAAACUCCUCGUCUGUUCAUAAAUCAAGUUUGUAUAGUUUGCUAUAAGUUUUAUUUAAAGAAACCCUAAAGGCCUCAAAGGAAUUUGUGUAUACAGUAUGUUGAAAUGUAAAAAUAGUCAUUUAAUUUGGAAAUGCCUUCAUCAUACUGUACAGUCAAUGUUGACGAUAAACCCCUUCUCAAAAAUG